UAUAUUUUUGAAAAGUCCAACGAAUUUUAAUUUUCUUCGACUAAUAAAAUAUAAAACUCUAUAAUAAGUGCGGUGGCUGCUUGGGAAAAAGAUAAGAAAGAAGAGAACUUUUGUAAUGAUUCUUUUAAAAUCAUUUCCCGUUUUAAGACCCCAACUCCACCUACAAAACUAUCUACUUCGAUCAGAAUCAAGAAAUCUAGAGAGAAAAUCCCUUAUAAUCUUCAACAGCUCUGUUCCAAGAUUCAGCUCAUCAUUGAAAAUGGCGCGUUCUGCCCUGGAUGAGUUGUCAGCAACCGGUGCUUUCAUUAGGACUCCUUCAACUUUUCGUAGUUUCAUUUCAAGGGACCCCGACUCUCGAUUCCCUGCUGAAGCCGGGAGGUAUCAUUUGUAUGUGUCGUAUGCUUGUCCUUGGGCUUCGAGGUGCAUCACGUACCUCAAGAUCAAAGGGCUCGACAAAGCAAUAAGUUUUAGUUCAUGCAAGCCGAUAUGGGGAAGAACAAAGGACACCGAUGAACACAUGGGAUGGAUCUUUCCUGCCUCCAAUGAAGAGGAGCCCGGUGCAGAGCCCGACACUCUAAAUGGAGCGAAGAGCAUAAGAGAAUUGUACGAGAUUGCAAGUUCAAAUUACUCGGGGAAGUAUACAGUUCCGGUUCUUUGGGAUAAGAAACUCAAAACAAUUGUGAGCAACGAGAGCGCAGAGAUCAUCCGCAUGUUUAACACAGAAUUCAACGAUAUUGCUGAGAAUGCAGCGUUGGACCUUUACCCUCCCCACUUGCAAGCCCAGAUCAACGAAGUAAAUGAUUGGGUGUAUGAUGGGAUCAACAACGGCGUCUAUAGAUGUGGAUUUGCAAAGAAACAGGAACCCUACGAUGAGGCUGUAACCAAGUUAUACGAGGCUCUGGACAAAUGUGAAGAGUCUCUGAGCAAGCAACGGUAUUUAUGUGGCGACACAGUGAGUGAAGCAGAUGUACGCUUGUUCGUCACCCUCAUAAGAUUUGAUGAGGUUUACGCAGUUCACUUCAAAUGUAACAAGAAGUUAGUACGCGAGUAUCCCAACAUGUUCAACUACUGCAAGGACAUUUUCCAGAUCCCCGGAGUUAGCAGCACUGUGAACAUGGAGCACAUCAAGAAGCAUUACUACGGCAGCCACCCCAGCAUCAAUCCCUUCGGGAUUCUUCCUCAAGGCCCCAAUGUCGACUACUCGGCUCCACAUGACAGAGACAGCUUCACUAACUAAUACUCGUUUGUGUUCACUAAGUAGGGAACUCUUGUAAUAAUACUCGUUUGUGUUCUUGUUUUGGAAAUGAAUGGUGUAAUGUUUUCACUCA